CCGCGGCUGCCGGAGCCUCCCCGGUCCCCACCCCCGCCCCGCGGCGCCGCGACCCCGCUCCCCGGCCUCGCAGGCCGUGACAAUGGACUAUGACUUUAAAGUGAAGCUGAGCAGCGAGCGGGAGCGGGUCGAGGACCUGUUUGAAUACGAGGGCUGCAAAGUUGGCCGAGGCACUUAUGGUCACGUCUACAAAGCCAAGCGGAAGGAUGGGAAAGAUGAUAAAGACUAUGCUUUAAAACAAAUAGAAGGAACCGGGAUCUCUAUGUCGGCAUGUAGAGAAAUAGCACCCUCUGUCUACACAGAUAUAGGCUGUUGCGACCUGGAGUUACUUCGAGAGCUUAAGCAUCCAAAUGUCAUCUCUCUUCAGAAGGUGUUUCUGUCUCAUGCUGAUAGGAAAGUAUGGCUUCUGUUUGACUACGCUGAACAUGACCUCUGGCAUAUAAUCAAGUUUCACAGAGCGUCUAAAGCAAACAAGAAGCCAGUACAGUUACCUCGGGGAAUGGUGAAGUCACUAUUGUAUCAGAUCCUAGAUGGGAUUCACUACCUGCAUGCUAACUGGGUGUUGCACAGGGAUUUGAAACCUGCUAAUAUUUUAGUUAUGGGUGAAGGUCCUGAGCGAGGAAGAGUAAAAAUUGCUGAUAUGGGCUUUGCCCGAUUAUUUAAUUCACCUUUGAAGCCUUUAGCAGAUUUGGAUCCAGUAGUCGUAACAUUCUGGUACCGAGCCCCAGAAUUACUUCUUGGAGCAAGACAUUAUACCAAAGCUAUUGAUAUUUGGGCUAUAGGGUGUAUAUUUGCAGAACUACUAACGUCAGAACCAAUAUUUCACUGUCGACAAGAGGACAUCAAAACUAGUAAUCCUUAUCACCAUGACCAGCUGGACAGAAUAUUCAAUGUAAUGGGAUUUCCUGCAGAUAAAGAUUGGGAAGAUAUAAAAAAGAUGCCUGAACAUUCAACAUUAAUGAAAGAUUUCAGAAGAAAUACGUAUACCAACUGCAGCCUUAUCAAGUAUAUGGAAAAACAUAAAGUUAAACCAGAUAGUAAAGCAUUCCACUUGCUUCAGAAGUUGCUUACCAUGGACCCAAUAAAGCGAAUUACCUCAGAGCAGGCUAUGCAGGACCCCUAUUUCCUAGAAGACCCACUUCCUACAUCAGACGUUUUUGCCGGUUGUCAAAUCCCUUACCCCAAGCGAGAAUUUUUAACAGAAGAGGAGCCUGAUGACAAAGGAGACAAAAAGAACCAGCAGCAGCAGCAGGGCAAUAACCACACGAAUGGGACCGGCCACCCAGGGAAUCAAGACAGCAGUCACACCCAGGGGCCCCCGCUGAAGAAAGUGAGAGUCGUCCCUCCUACCACUACCUCAGGUGGACUGAUCAUGACCUCAGACUAUCAGCGUUCCAAUCCACAUGCUGCCUAUCCCAACCCUGGACCAAGCACAUCACAGCCACAGAGCAGCAUGGGAUACUCAACUACCUCCCAGCAGCCUCCACAGUACUCUCAUCAGACACACCGGUACUGAGCUGCAUCGGAUACUGUCCGUGCACUGUCGCUGUGCUGCAGGGCUGCCUGCGGCUCUCGGCGGGAACCUGGAAUGGGCCAUGAGAAUGUACUGUGCAGCCACGUAGUCAAAUGUCCGGUAGCCGAGUUCCACCACUUUUCACAGAUUGGGGUAGUGGCUUCCAAGUUGUACCUUUUUGGAGUUAGACUUGAGAAGAAAGUGCUAGCACAGUUUGUGUUGUGGGUUUGCUACUUCCAUAGUUUACUUGACAUGGUUCAGACUGACCAAUGCAUUUUUUUCAGUGACAGUCUGUAGCAGUUGAAGCUGUGAAACAUGCUAGGGGCGAGCAUUUGUCGUUGUAUGUGGUGAAUUCUUCCAGUGUAACAACAUUAUCUGACCAAUAGUACACACACACACAAAAGUUUAACUGGUACUUGAAACAUACAGUAUACGUUAACAAAGUAACCAAGACUCAAAAUGAGAUUAUUUCGGUACACCGUUCAUUUUAGUGUCUUAACAGUGGGUUGAUUCGUUUUCUACAUUAAUCAGUGUUUUUUGACCAAGAAUACUGCUUGGAAUUUUUUGAAAGUACAAGAAGCCACAUAGUUUUUCCAGGAAGGUUUCAAAACUCCCAAAGAUUGAUUUCCAACUUAUGAGUUUGUUUUUACUUUUAAUCUAUGACUUGACUGGUAUUAAAGCUGCUAUUGAUAGUAAUUAAAUAUGUUGUCAUUGAUAUAAACCUGUUUGGUUCAGCAAACAAACUAAACUGAUUGUCAUAGACGGUGUUUCAUUUUUCCUGUUGGUGUUGCUGACUUGUGAGCAUGCUUUAAAGAUGAAAAAAGCAUGAAUGAUAACUUCCUUAAAAAGGUGCGGCAUCCAAUUCAGAUACUUUGUCCUGAUUUGAAAGCUGGUUGGUGUAGUGCUACUAAAAUUUUGUUCAGUUCAUUUUCUUUUUAAAAACUUGUUCGCACGUUGUUUAGGGUGCCCUUACUUCAGCAAAGGAGAAGGAGUAGGAGAGCCUUAGAAUUUUUGAGGAAAAAAGAAAACCUAUAACAUACAAUGUACUGUAUCAAACUAUUUUACAUGAAUGACACAAGUAUUCUGAAUUUAAAGAAAUUGAACAUUGUUAAAAACAAGGUGUUACGUAAUAAAUUUAUUUUUCAUAAAUCAAAA